CAAUACCGCAUUCUCUUAGCUACUCGAGGAUCCUUGAACUCCUAACACCCACUGAGUUGCAGCACACACAAUAAGAGCCUCCGCCCCACGGCAUUGGUAGAUGGCACCCUACACCGGCAUCCCCCUCUCCCCCGCCGAGCUCUCCUACCUCCACACCUCUCUGUCACAAGACCCGCCCAUCCGCCCAGACGCUCGCUCACCAACUCGAUUCCGCCCGUUGAUCGCUGAGACGGAAAUCCUCCCCUCCGCCAACGGCAGCGCCAGGAUCUGUUUCGCCGACGGCACGGAAGCGAUCGUCGGCGUGAAGGCGGAAGUGGAGAAGUCACGCACAGCACAUUUUGGAGUCGGCGGGGAGACAAAGGCGGAAGGUGUGCUUGGCUGGGGAAGGGGUGGUGGGCGUGAUGUCGACGACGAUGAGAUGGCUGAGGGGGAUGACGGGGAAGGCGGUGGUCUGAGUGGGAAGAAAACAGGGCGAGGCAAGGACGACUGGCUGGAGGUCGCCAUCGAGAUCCCGGGCAUGCGUGACGACGACGCUCUACCCAUUUUCCUCGCGGCCAUGCUCACGGAAGCAUUACUCGCAGACGGCGGGCUAAAAGACAGAUUGUGGAUCAACACCCGCUUCCACUGGCGCUUAUACAUCGACAUCCUCCUCCUUUCCCAACCCCACUCCUACCCCCUCCCCCUACUCUCCCUCACAACCCACCUCGCCCUCCUCAACACCCGCCUUCCAUCCCUCAUCUCCGAAAAAGACGAAGAUCCCCUCUUCAACGACGACUGGGAAGCCUCCACCCACCUCUACCCACACACCCCAACCACCCAAUCCAGCAAACCACCAAUCACACUCCUCGUGAUGUCUGUAGGAGCCAAUAUCCUCUUCGAUCCGAGUGCAGACGAAUUAGCGGUCGCGGACGGGGUGGUCGCCAUCUCUGUCGCUUCUUCCUCUUCGACCGCCACCACCACGAGUAAGAAGGAGGAUGGCACGCUCACACUCCUCGCGUUAAGAACGAUCGACCCUCCUUCUCGUCUUACAGCGGCAGGUGUGCCGAAUGUGCUUAACACUACUACUACUACUACUACAGGGUCUACGGGUGCGCAGCAGAAUCUGAGCGCGGCAGAGGUGUUGGCGAUGAAGGAGAGGGAUCAGGGGGUGAGUGUUUGGAGGCCGCCGAGGGGUGGGGUGAAGCGGGGGGUGAUUGCCCGGAUGGUGAGGAUGGUGGUUGAGAAGGACGGGGUUGGGGCGGAGGUUUUGGGGGGUUUGGGUGGGGUGAAGACGUAAGCUGCCUGUGAUCCGGGGGG